GUUCUUUUCAUCAGCCAUAUUGGAUCGUCAACAUGAGUGAGGGUGUUGUCACUUUGCGAACAAGAAAGUUCAUGACCAAUCGCCUGCUUAGCAGGAAGCAAAUGGUGGUCGAUGUUCUCCAUCCUGGCCGGGCUACAGUCCCAAAAGUCGAGGUCCGUGAAAAACUGGCACGCAUGUACAAAACCACUGCAGAUGUAGUCUUCUCCUUUGGAUUCCGCACAAAGUUUGGUGGCGGCAAGACCUCUGGCUUUGCCCUCAUCUAUGACAGUUUGGAUUUUGCCAAGAAGUUCGAACCUAAAUUCCGAUUGGCUAGACAUGGACUCCAUGAUAAAGCUAAGAAUCCAAGAAAACAGAGAAAAGAAAAGAAGAACAGGCAAAAGAAGGUCCGGGGAAUUGCCAAGGCUAAAGUUGGUGGUGGCAAGAAGUAAACAAAAGGAGCUCUAUUUCUGUUUUAUAAUGUAAAAAAAUGUGGUAAAAUAUAAAUAACAGAAAAUACAAAA